AAUUCUGACUGAAAGACAACCCAAAAGCAUACUUUAACCAAUCACCAUGGCCAAGAAGGGCAAAAAGGGACGAAAGGGAAGAAAGGCCAAGGUCGACUGCAAGUUCAAGAUCACCAAUGACAUGCUGAAGCCUUUGAACGAGGAUGAUGGCUGCGAAGGCUGUUGCCAGUGUGCCUGCGACUGUGACUGCAGUCCGGAACUGGCGCCGUGCUUCAUCCAGCCCACCCGGCCGGAUCCAGGUCCGGAGGCAUACGAUGAGUUCGAGGCCUGCCUCAAUGGCAGCGGAUUGACUAUUCGGGUCUUAAAGAAUACCCAUAAGGUGGAAAGCGUCGAUGAUGGUGUUGGUAACAAUUUAGGAGCGGACGAUGAUCCCUGCUACCGGGACGAUCCCAACGACUGUGAACCGAAGCAGGAGUCCUGCCUGCACGAGAUGCUGCAGCGGAGCUCGUUUGCACGGAAUCACAUAAAGCGGAGGACUGGCGGCAAGAUUAUCAAUCAUCCAAACAUCCCGAAGGUGCGGGCCAAUAUCAAGUAUUCCGGAAAUGAUGCCUGUGAGACGGACAACUACUACGUUCCAUUCUCGAAGAUCAAGGAGGCCUGCGACCUGCAGGAGGCCAAAGUCGACUGCUAUCGCCAACGCCUCUGUGGCGGCAAUGACCCCAUUGUACCCCCCAAGUAUCCUGCCCAGAACCAGCGCAACUGCUGCAUGCAAGUCGAGAAAAAGGACAUCUUGAAUACCAUGAAGGGAAUCAACCUGGACACGCGUCGUAAAGGAAUAGAGGUGUGCUACAAGACCUGCGAGGAGACCGACAGCGAUGUUUUCCUGGUGAAGCUCGGCAGCAAGUCAAAGUCGCAGAACAAGAAGAACACCAUCGAGAUUGAGUUGAGGACUCCGAAGCAGCCUGUGACCCUGCCGAUCAGCAAGGUGACCACCGAGACCUACGUCUCUGAGGAAAUGCUGGGAGGAGCCGGCAAAAAGAAAAAGGGCAAGAAGGGCAAGAAAAAGGGCAAGGGCAAGGGCAAGAAAAAGAAGUCGAAGUAAUGGCAGAUCCUUAGCAAUACCAUGACAUUUGAUUUUGAGCGACUCUACCACCGGAUUUGAUAAUAGCACCCAACCGAACCACUUUCACAAUAAUAAUGGAUCACCUCUGGACUAAAUUUUAAUCUCAGUUAAUAGACCGCAGCACUACAACUAAUAAUAUCCCUUUCAACAACACUCCCAUACAGUUAUAGCAUCAAAAAUCAAUAUUUCGACUGAAAGUUUCGUAAAUGUUUGGAAAUUUGGAAUUACCGAAACACUGAUACAAUUUAAUAUAUAAAUUCUGAAAUGUUA